GUCAACCGCGCGCUACGAGCCACCAAUGCUGCUGCUGCUGCAGUCACACACUACAAGUGUUCCAUAUUUACCGUGAGCUUUAUAGAUUGAAAUUAGUAUAAAAUAACAAAACUGGUUCAAUUUUUGUUUUACUAUUCAGGGAAAAGGCGGAGUUUUUCUCAGGUGCGGUGGUUCCACUUUCCCUCCGUUUUUUCUACGAGCAUUUUUAUUCCUUCAUAUCUGAUCGCCCAUUCGUGGAAUGAUCUGGCUUUUAUCUUGUGUCGUUUCCACUUCAGCAUGGGAACUGCCGGGUCCAAAAGGAAGACUUUAAGGAACGAUGCAAUAUCUUCUGUGGCCGCAAAAGUUAGAGCAGCCAGAGCUUUCGGAGAUUACCUGUCUCACACACACCCUGAGAACUGCAACGGAUCAGAUCACCUUCUGUCUAAUACCUUAAUCGGCCAAGACACAGACUCCCCUGACAUCAGUCGUCUCCACAACAACAACCUACACCCUCAGAGCCGCUGUGGGGCCAAGGCCAGCCAGGACCAGUCCCAGGCCCACAGUCUCCAGUCCAAGCUCAGCACAGCGCAUCCCCACCACAGCAGUCUCCAGGCCAGCACCCUGCAGCCCAGCAGUCUGCAGCCCACAGGCCCCUCCAAGCACAGGCUCUCAUCAGGGCUCUCAGUGGAGCGCAGUUUCUCCUCUGAGGAGCAGCAGCCACCUCCCAGGUCCGCUGAGGGGAGCCUGACCAUCCUGAAGCCAGCUUCCCAGCGGGUCUACACCAUCACCAGGGAGGGAGGCAUGCUAGGGGGGCGAGGGAGCGAGGAGAGUCUGGAGCUGGAGGUGCUGAAGCAGCCGCUGUCCCCUCCUCCCUCCGCCAACCAGCCCACCUACGCCAACCAACAACCACCAGGCAGCAAACAUCACCGCAGCAACCAUAGCCAUGGCCCACAGAGCCUCAGGCCCCAGUCCCAGCCCCUGCAGAGCUCGAGGAGUGCCCAUAACAUCCGGGACUGGGGAGUGAGGAGGGGGGGCUCGCGGGAGGACUGCACCCCAAACUGUGUCACCUGCAUCAGGGCCCCAUGUCCGAGCCAGCGCUCCCUGGAUCUGGAGACGUCACCGCGAGAUGGAGGAAAACAGAGGAAGAAGCUAGAGAGGAUGUACAGCCAGGACCAAGGCAGAGACAGACGAGGCUCUGCUGAGGAGAGCGAGGACAACCCUAAUAGCUGGUUCCCCAAAGAGAACAUGUUCAGCUUCCAAACGGCUACCACAACAAUGCAGGCAAUAUCGGCAUUCCGGGGCAUUGCUGAGAGAAAGAGGAGGAAAAGGGAACAAGAGGCAGCGGCUCCAGUAACCGAGACUGAGAGAAACUUCCGGAAGCACCUGAGAAUGGUGGGCAGCCGCAGAAUGAAGGCUCAGACAUACGCCGACCGCCGAGCCAAGAGUUUCAACCGCUCCUGGAGUGACCCCAUCCCCAUGAAGCCUGACUCUCUCCAUGGCUCCAGAGACAGUGGGGACCUGCAGUCCUCCUCAGGGACUCUAGAUGAAGGAUCCCAGGAGGAUGCAGACUGGGAGGAGGAGAGAGAGAUGGAGAGAGCAGCCUGCGAGGGAGAGGACUUCAUCCCACCGAAAAUCAUGCUGAUAUCCUCCAAGGUCCCGAAGGCUGAAUAUGUCCCUAACAUCAUCCGUAGGGACGAUCCCUCCAUCAUCCCCAUCCUUUAUGAUCAUGAACAUGCCACAUUCGAUGACAUCAUUGAGGAGAUUGAAAAGAAGCUGACGGCCUAUAGGAAAGGCUGUAAAAUCUGGAACAUGCUCAUCUUCUGUCAGGGAGGUCCGGGGCAUCUGUACCUGCUCAAGAACAAAGUGGCCACGUUUGCCAAGGUGGAGAAGGAAGAGGACAUGAUCCAGUUUUGGAAGAAGUUGAGUCGGUUUAUGAGCAAGCUGAAUCUUGAGCCCAACCUCAUUCAUAUAAUGGGCUGCUAUGUUCUGGGGAGUGCCAAUGGAGAAAAGCUAAUCCACAAUCUGAAGAGGCUAAUGAGACCUCAUGCCAUCGAAUUCAAAUCCCCGCUAGAGCUGUCUGCACAGGGCAAGGAGAUGAUUGAGAUGUACUUUGACUUCCGUCUCUUCCGCCUGUGGAAAACCCGCCAGCACUCCAAGAUGCUCGAAUAUGACGACCUUUUGUGACACUGCUCACCAUUGACCUUUGUCAGCCUAUUGGCUGUGUAUCUCAUCACCGAUAGCCUAUGGUGACGGCUUUCCUUGAGAGGUCCUGGACGGGAGCGCUCUGUUGAAGAGGUGGACGACAGGGUUCAGGUGGUUUUACUCACUGAGGAGGCUUCAAUCCUCUGCCCUCAGACCAAGUGAAGGCAUUAAGUGAAAUGCAGUAGCAACUACUGUCAGGAGGUGAACUGUAUAUUUCCCCCAUCCAUUUUCACUGUCUCAACCAAUUGCCUCUACUGACAGAGAACCCAUUAGGGAGAGACAAGGUAAAAGAGAGAAGUGGAGACAUCAUCCUUUAGUCUCUGUGUCAAGAGACACAAAAUAGAGCUAGAUUUGGAGCUCGGGAGCCGAGCAAGUCUUCAUUAAAUGAGUCAUAGAGAGAGAUGUAGCAGCUGCAGGGAAGAGAGACUUUGUGAAAGGGGUGAAGAGAUGGCGACAGAUUCCUGGCUGCUGUGUGAACUAGGAGGUACAGGGAUGAAAGCUUGUUUUUCUUCAGAAAAGUACGUAGAUCUCCCUUAGGAUCUAAAUGUAUUAAUAAAGUGCACUGGUUGUUUGCAGAGAUUUAGAGAAUAGAUUUCCAUUAUCUAUACAUCUACCACAAAUAGAAGAGAGAGUAUACCAAUAAUACAAAGUAUCUAUACAUAACACAGCUUUUAUUUUUAACUAAGUGUCUUAGUAUUUCUUAUGGACUGUUUGAAUUGAAUAACUCAGGGUUACUGAUAUCCCUCGUGUAUUACUUGCAUAGGCUGUCACCUCACCGUCAUGACAGAAUAGGACGGAGAUGUCUGUUGGCUACUUCCGAUCCUUUCCGCCCAGCCUCUGUGUCAACACAUAGAAUCUGAGAUUUUACAGUGGUUGUCAGGGAAACCAUUUAUUUCUGACUGUGCACAUGUUUGUGUGUGAACGAGGGAGGCCGUUUUAUAGAUUUUUCAUAGACUAGGUCAAUUGUAGCUUAA